UAGGAGCAAAUGGCAGUCAAAAUGCUCCUUUCUAAAACUAGAACAUGUCUCUCACUCUUCCUUUGCCAACAUUCUUCUUCUCGAACUUGCCAUCUUCAACCAGCUAGAGUUCUAUCAAUCUCAUCUUCACUUUCUGCAAAUGGGUUUCGUACAAACAAUUCUCUUCAGUUUCUCAGAUACUUCUCACAAUCAAAUCUUCAAAACAAUCCCACCAACGAUGUGAAUGAGAUAUCUCGUGUACUUAGUGAUUACCGUAGUCCUCAUCACGAUAUCGAAUCAGCUCUGAAUCCAUUCUCAACUAAGAUAUCAACAGAUUUAGUUGAACAAGUUCUAAAAAGAUGCAAGAAUCUGGGUGUUUCAGCAUACAGAUUUUUCCUCUGGGCUGAAAAUUUACAAAAUUUCAGUCACAGUAAAGAUAGUUAUGACAUUCUUAUCGACAUCCUUGGUGGUAAUAAACAGUUUCCAUUGCUCUGGGAUUUUCUUACAGAGAUUAAAGAAGAUGGUAUUCAUCAACUUCGCCAUGAGAAUUUCUGGAAUAUUUUUCGUGCUUAUGCUAGAGCUAAUCUGCCUGGUGAUGCUAUUAGAGCUUUUAAAAGAAUGAAAGAAUUCGAUCUCAAACCUGGUAUUACUGAUCUUGAUAAUCUUCUGUUUGCAUUAUGCAAACGAAAGCUUGUUAAACCGGCACAAGAGUUUUUUGAUAAAGUUAAGUUGGAAUUUGAUCCAAGUCCUAAAACUUAUACCAUUUUGAUGAUGGGUUGGGGUGAUUUGGGAGAUUCAGAUGAGACACGAAAACUGUUCGAUGAAAUGCUUGAAAGAGGAUGUAAAAUGGAUUUGGUUGCGUUUAAUACUUUGUUGGAAUCUAUAUGCCGUGGGGGUAAACCAGCUGAAGCUUAUAAGCUUUUUCGCGAAAUGGGUUCGUGCAAUUUGAAGCCUGAUGCAUUUACUUAUUCGAUAUUUAUUCAUGCCGCCUGCGAAGCAGAUGAUAUACAUUCCGCUAUUAGAGUUCUUGAUAGAAUGAAGAGGUACAAUUUAGUUCCAAAAGUUUUCACUUUUAACACCAUUAUCAAGCUCUAUGUCAAGAACGAACAACUGGAUGAGGCUUAUUUACUAUUAGAUGAAAUGAUUGAAGGUGGCGUUAACCAGGACGUGUGGAGUUAUAACGCGAUUUUGGCGUUCCAUUGCAAUCGCACUGAAGUUAAUCAAGCAUUGAAGUUGAUUUCUAAGAUGGAGAAAGAUUCUUGUUUGCCUGAUCGACAUACUUAUAACAUGCUGCUAAAAAUGCUCAUCAGAGUGGGAAGAUUCGAUCGUGCUAUGGGUGUUUGGGGAAGUAUGGGAGAAAAGGGAUUCUUUCCUUCUGCAUCAACUUAUGCUGUAAUGAUCCAUGGGUUUUGUAAAAAGAAAGGAAGAACUGAUGAUGCGUGUAAAUUCUUUGAAAUGAUGGUCGAUGAAGGCAUACCACCAUAUCGUAGUACUUGCAAGUUGCUGAGAGACCGUCUUUUGAGCUUAGGACUUGAGGAGAAAACUCGGAUACUUGCGGAUAAAAUGCAACGCAGUACGUCUUGCACUAUCCAGGAGCUGUCCAGCACAAUGAGGGGUGAAGAAGAUAUUGAUGGGGUAUCGAGAAAGGAAGACGAAGAAGUGCAGAAACGAAUGUGGUAUGAACAUUGUGAAUCAGAAUCAUCAGAUGGAUGAUAGAACGCCUGAAUAGAGUUGGAACAUUUUUGUUUACUGGCAUAGUGAAAUAUAUAAAAUCAACUUGAGUA